UUCCAUUUUGAUUUCGAUUCCGAGCUAUUUCUAAUCCGUCAUUUGUAUUAAUCAUCACAUUUUUUCCUCUUCCACAUUCAAAAAUAUGAUCGCUGCGCUUGCAGCUAAGAAAAAAGCCGAGGCUGAGAAAGCCAUCGUAGCGGAAAAGUCAGAACAGGCUCGUUUUGAAAGAGCUCUGACGAACAUUUGGGCACCCGGCCCAAAGAUGGCCAUUAGCGGCAAUAAGAGGCUGCCGUGGCAACAGACCCCAGCGGCAGCGGCGCGAGCCUUGCCGUACUUUCAACCACCGGCUAGGUGCACCACAGGGUCAUCAUCUUCCUCUGGUUCAACUUCAGUUACUUCUUCAGGUAUAGUAAUCAGAAAACCGCGAGAAGUCAUGACGGCCAAGAGGCGAAUAGCCUGCGAAAUUGCGUCUGACUCAGGUCUCCUAGGUGCUGCCUUGGGCAGCCUUGAGAACCUUCUCAUCAAUAAGAAGAGCAACGCCGUUGCCAAUAGUAGGUUGCGAUCAUAUGAGAUGAUCAUCAAGAGGACAGCCCUUUGUGCGUGGCCGGCAUCUGAAGCAUCUCUCUACACCUUCAUCGGGAUAGCCGUUGCUGCGGAGUACUCCUCCGUGCCUGAGAUCGUAAGCGAUGUUUUAGCUGCCUCUCCUCAGCUUGAGGAUUACAUCGGCCUCCGCACCAGAGAGGUUAUUGCUCGCCUUCGUCGCAAGGGUGUCUUCGGGGACAGAACCCAGAAACAAGCACUCACGCUUGCGAUGAUCAGCAAGCUUCCUCCAGGUUCCAACCAUCUUUCUUUGCAGGCGAGACUCCCUGUUAUCCUUCUAGUGUCAUUCUUCGGUGCACUCAGGAAGAGCGAGGCCGCAGCUGUUGCAUAUGGACCAGCUGCGACCAACUAUGUGGGUUUGCGGUUUGACGUCGCCGACAACUCUCUUGUCCUUGAUUUUUCACUCUUCAAACAGAAAGGUGGAAUAAAAUGCGCGAGGGUUACGCGCAUCUUUUGUGCAUGUUGUGAUGCAGCUCCUGCUGGUAAAAGGGACCGAGUUUGCCUAAUCCAUAAUCCUGUCCUACGCGAGUGUACGAAGACGUUUACUGCAGGCGGCAUGGAUACUCUGUGGGCUAUCAAGACCCUGGUUCGUAAUCUGAAGCUCUCGCAGGCCGAGCAGGCGGCCUUCGCCACCCAUAGUUGUCGGGUUGGGUGUGCUGUGCACCUAUUCUCUAAUGAGAUCAUGCCGGAACAGAUCAUCCACCACGCGAGGUGGUCGGAUACUACGAUGUUGUUUUACUACGCUCGUAACAGUAAGAAGAAUGCACGCCCAGCACAUUGGACGAAUUCCAUAAACUGGAUCAAGAAUAGCCAGGUCGCCCCUCAGGCCUUAGAAGCUCACGAAGCUGCAGCUCUGGAGGACAUUGACUAUGAAAACCUUGAAUUCUGCACUUGAAAUUUUUCUCAUCCCCAUUUCAGAACAUGAAGGUCCUUCUCCUAUUCUAUGUAAGCCUGCUUUUCUCAUACAGGCCUUUUGAACAUUAACGAUUCCACGAUAGGCGUUCGAAGUAAAAUCAUUUCAUUUCUCUGCACAGCGAAGUCGCCCCGUGACCUUCCCAAUAUCACUGUUCUUAAAGAGUCGUAGGUGAGAGAGAUCAGGAAAAA